GAAAGCGGGAGAUAGGAAAGCAGAAAUGGAAAAUUCUGCCUUGCGGGAAUCUUAUAUCUUUGUACCCUUGCUAUCAAAAAUAAUUAUCGAUUCUGUCAUUCAGUCAUUGUGAAGGAGAAUGUAACAUUCAAGGUGGGAAGGAGGUUACCGCUGUGGAUCAAGAAAUUAAAUUUCCUGUUUUUGGAAUUCUGGAAGGAAAACAACAGCGUACGGAAUCAUUUAUUGCAGUGAAAUCGUACAAUCAUACCCAAAGUCAGGUUCAUAAGGGGCAAGGAGAGACAAUCAUAUUUUGAAGAUACACGAUGAAGCUUUUAAGAUCUGGUGAAAAGUGGAAGCCAGAUAUUUACAUGCAAUAUCAAAACGUAGAUCUUUGGAAGAAUCUUAUCACCAAUCAAAGGUUCUUGCAACUAAAACAAGCGAUGCUAGGAGCGCUAGAAUAAGAUACAAUGCAAACAAAUUUUCCAGUGAAAGAUAAAUGGCUAGGAAACGUGGUUCAAAGAAGGGAGAAUCGCGAUUUUAGAUGGCAGGAUUGGAGAAAAGAAAAAGCCUUGUCAUGGCCAAAGUCUUUUGCAACGGUUCCCGACAUCCCUGAUGUAAUCCGAAGUCACCAACAAGACGCUGUGAACCAAAACAUCGACAAUGAAGCAGAAAGGCACAUGCCUCGAAUGAACUUCCUCCAUGGACGAUCGAUGGGUAGGCUGUUAGAAGACCCUGACGAGUGCAAACUGUAUUUAGAUUCCCCUCUUCUAUUUGACAAAAGUAAUGGAAUUAAAAAUAGACAAAAUCUCUCAGAUGAUUCGACAAAGGAUGCUAAUGACAUAGACAAUGCUCUCACAGAUAAAAACUCUCGAUUUCGAAAGGCAAGGGGAGGACUACGCGAUUUAAUAAGGUUACACGAGGAAGAAAUUGCAAGAGCAUCAGGAUCAAAACAGAUCUAUGCAAAGCGACCAAAGCAUGAAGAUAUGCUACAAGCCCAAUCCUCAUGUUUAUCUGAAGAGGAAGGCAGGAUAAACCACGAAAAAAUACCAUCUGAUGAAGGGGUUAUCGAUUACGUGAAAAGUGAGACUAAGGAUAAUAUGUUUGUGGAAAACAAGGCGAUGGUAUUUGAAACCACUACACCUACUGCUAGUUUUGUAAAUGUUACUAGUAUGAAUAUUGCUAGCAAUCUGCCAAAGAUGGAUAAAAGCACGUCAACAGAGGAUAUCGAACUCCAUCUACGAGAAGAUAUCGCACUAAGCUUUGAUAAAAAAAUCAUGGAGAAAGAGGAUCUGAUAAACACUUUGAUACAAGAGAAGGAGAGUUUGGUUGUUAAGUUAGAAGAGCAGAGGAAGGUUGCCAACGCAUAUCAGAAGUUGGAAGAUCGUUAUCGAAGGAGGGUUUAUGACCUUGAGAAGAUGAUGUUUUCAUGUACCUGCGGUGUCCUAGACUCGAGGAGCACUUCAGAGCAAGAUCUCACAAAGACUUUAUCAUCGAGAAUAGAAUUUCGAAGGUCCAAUUCGCAACUUGAGAUGCAGCAGCCAAAAAAGGUAGAUAAUAUUAUCAAUGAACUAGAAAGCUGGAUAAUGGAUCAAAAGGGGAUGCAAAUUCUGCAUGAUAACAGCUCAGACAUACAAGACUUUAUGGCAAGCGAAAGCUCGCUGAGCUCUCUUUCAGACGUCAGGUUAAGUAAUUUCCCGUUUGAGUUUAUCGAUCAGUUUGAUGCAACCUCUGUGUAGAUAUCUAAGCACUAGCACAACGUUACCUAAUACUUUUUAAAUGUCGUAUCCUACCCGUAGUCUACAACCGAAGGCUGUUAUCUCCCCACCAAAGUGGACUUGGUCAUGUAGAGACACACAGUCAUUCAGGCACUGACCUCAGUUUCUGCUUACAAGAGAACGUCGUCCGCCCCACUGACUACGAACGUGUUUUUCUGUUCUGACUUACAGUAGGCAAAAAUGGAGCUUUUCCUAAAGUUAUCUAUCAUUUUGAGCUGUGUUCGUCUCAUCAUAUCGCUGGGCAAAAUAAAUUGGCUAAAAUGAAUUCUGAGGAUUGGACAAGUCUUUUGGAUUUGAAACGUUUUAUCUGAAAAAGCACCUAGAACGUCUUGUUCAUGGGCGAUGUCACUUGAAUAUACUUCAAGUUGACUGAGAUAGCUAUAUCUAAUUCUUUUUGCAACAGACUUGGCUCAUUUGGCACAGCGGGUCUGAUUUCCGAAAUUCUCGUUACUUUUUAAUUCUUGCCAUUCAACAGAUUUCAGUGAAUGAACUGUAAGGUAAUUUUAUUGAACCGGUCUUCCAUAUCCAUCCAGCUUCCAUAUCCGAUGCGGCUGGCAGGUUUCAAGAAGUAAUAUUUGCAUUAGUUUGUAAAUGUAUUCAUUUGUAGCAAAUUGACGUCAUAUGUAUAGCGUUUUUAUGACAUCCCUCGAAGAUUCUUAUAGUAGUAAUAAGGUUUAGAUAGUUGUGAAUUUUGUGAAUUAUCUCAAUUGAAAAUUGAUAAAAUAUUUUCAAAGGUAAAGUAGCCCUUAGAAGUGGGCUGGUCAUCAGAAUCAUUAUUAAGCACAUUUUUGCAAUUUUGAUGCUUUUCUAGAUUUAGUAGUGCUAGAUUGUGAAAUAUUACGGCUAGACCAUAUUUUCAGCGCAUAAAAAUCUUAAGGUCUAUGAGAUGCCAAUUCACUGUACCAAUAUUACUUGACAAGCGCUAUAGCCAGAUUCAUGGUUGAUAUAUACAUAACAAAAUAUCUUUUAGCCAUUGUAGCUCAUCGAUAUAUUCUACGAAAGGUUCUUAUAGGGUGGCUAGGGCUUCUAUUCGACCGCCCCCCCCCCACCCAUUGAAAAAAUUCAAGCAUAUAAAGAUAGGCAAGGCCUAUUGAUUGGUUAAAAUGGGUCUGCUUUUCUCCGAAAGGAGUUUCCAGCCGCUGGACAUAGGAUCCGUUAAUGUUGGCCUGUUUACGUAUAUUUCUAAAGGCGGACAUAGCGAAUGAAGGUGGGCAAUCUGUUUUGCUAGAUUUCAUAUUAUCAGGAGGAACUUCCCUGACCAUAGGCAACUCAAUACAGCCAAAAACCCCUUAGAAUUGACGAUACGAGGCUUAUCGAAUAAUCAUAACCAGAUUUGCUAGUUCCAGCUUUUUAUAUAUUAAAUAUAUCUUUCGCUGCGCAUUCGCAAUGCUUAGAAAAUCUUUAGGAAUUUAUACAGAGUUUAAAUGUUCACUUCGUAGUGUUUUCAUUGCCUAGCACCGUUGAUGAUCAUUAUUGCUGGGCGUCAGAUUUAGCAGCAGUAAGAAAUUUUUGCCUCGUAUCUUUGUGAAGUAUUAUAUUUUUUCACCCAGUAUCUUUUCUUCUAUUUUGAAGAAAGUGGUAGAAUAAAUCCUCGACCUCAUUUUCUAACAGCAGCCUCGUUGUUUGACUGUUGAUGAGCCUUGCCAUCAAUGCCGUGUAAUUUGGUGGUUGUUACUUACAUUAAAAUGGCAACAGAAGUCUUAGAAUCGAAUCAGUGUAUAGGGUUGAAAAGGACGGGUUGGGGAUAUAGGGAAAUACUAAACAAUUGUCUAUGAAAUUAGAAGUUUUUAUCGAAAGUAUAAUCCCAAUUGAGUUUAUUACAAUUUUCCGAAGCACAUUUCCGAUGCUUAUAAUCUGCUCAGUUAACGGACAAAAAGUUCUUUUAAAGUAUUGCAGCCUUCAAAGCACUAAAUUUAGACCCGAGCUAUUCUUACACUACGAAAUUCCCAUAACGUCUGGAUCCAUGAAACUGGGUUAAUUGAUUUUUAGUUUUUCUUCACGGACAAAAUCUAUAAUUUGCUGUAUGAAAAUAAAAUUUACAUUUGGACCAGUGCAGAUAGUUUUCUACAGUUGCUAUGAAUUUUCAAGUUUAGGGUAUAAAAAUGCUCUGAAUUUUCCCAGUUUUUCGAUAGUUGUCCUUGUUGUUCUUAGUUUAUCCACAGAGCCCAGAAAAUAUUACGGCUCCAAGGCAAGUGAGCUGGAGGAAGGAUAUCAAACGAUGCAAUAGUUUUUGGGAAGGCAAAUGCAUAACUACCAAAGUUAUGCAGCCAAACCAUAGAUGAUUUUACAAUAUAUAAAUAUUUUCCAUUUCCAAAACACUUUUGUUCAAAAGAUUUAAGGACAAUUUGAGGCAGGCAAAGGCAAAUUUUCUCCGGAUAAAGAUAGUGACAUUUGUGAUCUCAGUUUAUCCUUUUGUUGAGACAUUUCAUUACAUCUGAAUUUAUUUAGCCCCAGGAGAAAGAAAAGGAGUAGAGUCUUUAAGGAGGUUACAAUAGAGAUGCGUAUGCAAGCGUGAUGGUGAUUUCAAGUUGUUCUGCACCUGAAGUUGUGUUCUGUAUUGAAAUUUUAAGGUCACGCGUCGAUAGCUUGUUUGUGGAUAGGACGUUUAUGUGCAUGUUCAACAUCGCUACGCCAUGUCUUCAACAACAUCCUCAUCGACUUCUUCAAAUAGCAAGAGUGACAAGGACAGCAAGGCCAUAUGCAUAGGACGUGACACGAUCCAAAUAUACAUAGGACGUGACGUGGACGGACGUAUUUUCAAGUGCUCCCCCUAUUUAGAUUCUAAUCUAUUAUUUAGAAGAAAUAAAACGCACUUGCCAUGAGUACUGCAGAAACGAAUGCAAGGUAAAAAAUUAAGAUUUCAUCUACAAGGUAAGAGAUUCGCUUAAGAGGGUGGGACACAGUGAACGAAUAUUUAUCUGAUGAAUUUGCAAAUGAUAGCGAAGACCAGAAGAAACUCAGGGCAGCAAAGAGCAAGACAACAAGUUUAUUUUUUCCGAGCCCAGCCAAACAUUGACAAUAUCAACCUCCAGAACCAACCUUUUUGUAGCCAGUCCUUCGACGACGAUAGAUUCAUUUGAAGACCCUUCUUCAGGAGGGAUGAUACGACGACAAGCGGCAGAUUUCAGAAGACAGCCAAGCCUACAGACAUCUGUCUCGGAUGCGGGAAUCGAUGUCAUUUGCGAAGAAACUGCCCAAAUGGUAACCCAAGCACUUUUAGAAAGGCGAAGAAUAACUUUAGAACAAGAUAGAUUAUUGUUCUAACGACGAAAAUGGAUCGAUUUGUUUUGGAAAUGAUAUUGUUCUGCACACUUGCCGCACUUCAUGGGAAACUCUCAGUUGAUGGGCAGUCAUUCAUUCCUGCUGCUGGAACUUUUGUUGAUAAGUUUGGAAAGAAAUCUCAGAGCAUCGACAUUACUUGGACAUACAACGUUAGCAGUCUUGAUGGUGUCAGUAUUUUAUGUGGCUUUCCAUCAGAUUUUGUGAUCAGAAAGAAAGGUACUGAUGCAGCUUCUUUGGUUCCUAAAUAUCAUGGCAGAGCUUCAGCUAUUGAUAAUGUUGGCCAAAGAAAAAUUGGAUUUCAGCUUCUAAAUAUUGGUUUUGGCGAUGCAAAAGAUGUUUUUUGCAUACUGUUUACAGCUGAUCCUACCAUUUUUUACAGUGGAACUUACAAGCUAAAAAUAUGUGAGGUACCUGAGUUCCGAAACUGCUUGAUUGAAGGAACAACAUCCACUACUGGUCAAACUAUUUUUGCUCUGCAAGAAGGCCAGACUUUAAACUCAACUUGCUAUGUUUAUGGCAACCCUAUUCCAAAGCUGACAUGUGGCACCUACGAUGAUAAAAAUAAUCAAGUUGGGCAAAAUGCUGAGGUAACCGGGAAUUUUACAAACCUCCCAAUAAGCAGUCGUUUGCGUUUUUUUAAUGUUCGAAGAGGGGUGACCAAAGUAAAAUGUGUUGCUGAUGGAGGUCCUGCUGGAGAGAUAUCAAUGGAAGUAAAAGUUCAAGUUGAUCACGUCCCAACUGCUCCAGUGGAAGUACGAUUGAUUGAAUCAACGUAUACAUCUAUUAAAAUCGGAUGGAGGAAGCCUGCCAGUCCAGGCUAUUCAGGAAUAUCCAAUUAUCUUAUGGAGUUGUUUUACCCAAAUAGAACAGAGACAGUGCGAAAUAUGACCGUAACAGACGGAAGCCCCCUGCUUGAAUACACUUUCCUUCAUUUACACCAUGACCAAGAAUAUAGAAUUCGUAUCUCUGCAUACAAUGCUGUUGGCAAAGGGGCAUACGCUGAAGGGUCGUACAGGACGGUCCGAAUAAAACCUGAUGAUGGUGGAAGAUCUGGAGGGUCUACGCGCGAUGGAACUACUGUUGGAAUCGUCUUUGGUGUCAUGCUGCCAUUGUUCUCAUUAUCAUCAUUUUUUUCUUUGUACUGAAGAAGAGGCAAGAAAAAAAUUUGUAAAGGAACUCACUCGAGGAAGUUUUGGCUUGUGGUGCAGAUUGGCAUGUGGUGCAAAAUGUACAGUAUGUAAUUUGUGAUAUAUUCUUCUUGGAGUUGUCCGCUACCAUAUCAGCGCUAUUUAUCUCAACAUAAUCUUUGCAAAUAUGAAAUCAUGUUUAUUUCCUCAGGCAUGCAUUGAUUUGUUGCAGAAAAUUUUGAAAAUUUUCCCUUCCGGACAAUAGCACGUGACAAUUGCAUAUUGUGCUGUGAUUGCAUCAGUGUCUGUUCAUAUGUUUUUUGUAUUACGUAAAUGUUAUUUCAAGGUUCUGCUAAGGGUGCAUGAAGGGUUACUUCAAAACCCCCUUUUAAGUGGUUUUACGAAAGGUAUUGUCAAAAUCAAGCGAGUAGUUCUGGCCAUUGGAAGCAUAUCCACGCCACUCACAAUGUCAGCCUGAAGGACUUAUCAAGGAAAUCCUUGUUUUUGAAGCCUUUUUGCUGUGUGUCAGAUUGACUGUCAGGUUCUACGCCACGAGUUUGAAAGUUGAGAGGGAGCAAGGCUGACAAAAGUGGGGCCAAGGCUUCUGUCGCCCUUUAUUGCAGCUCUGGAAUUAUUUGCUUCGUAAAACAAUUGGUGCAUGCAUGAUCCUAGUUUGUCUGUCACACCAGAUAUUUAUUUAAUUUUAAGAAUCGUUUAAAUCGCAAGAUGAGACCAAAUUUUCCCGAGCAUUCUCACAGAGUGCCCAAAAUAUGGUUUUUCAUUAUCGAUGAAAAUAUAAGAGCCAAAAUUUAUUGAAAAUAGUUUGCCAAAAAGGAAAGACUGCAAAUAAGCAGGUCGACGGAGUGCCGCCUGGGAGCAGAAGCCUAGCCUGUGCUCCAGACAGGGGUCUGGCUACCAGAAGCCGUGUCCCCAGUAAUAAAUACAUAAGCCCUGUUCACAGUACACAAGUUAACCCGGCUUCGCUCUAGGCUAAAAGUAACCUGGGUCGAACCCUGAUGCGUUUACACUGGAAACUGUCGACUUUGUAGUAUAAGAGGCAUCAAGGGCGAACCUGGGUUAGUUUGAUAUCGAGCUAAAGCAAGCGACUUUGCGGGGGUUUUUAGAAACAUGUGAUUUUUCAUGUCAUCGCCCCAGCCAUUACGGUCGUUUUGUUUAUCGAUACUGCUGCGAGGUUAGCUUUUCAUGUGAACAAUGAGAAAGCUGUGCAUUCGCGCUUUGCUUUGUUUGCACUCGGCAACAUUUCUGCCACUACGCAUGCGUCCUGAAGAAACUAACCCAGGUUCGCCCCAGCUUUGCAUUUACGCUUUAUCUAAACUAACCCAGGCUCGACCUAGGGCGAACCCACCUUUUGAGAUGGGUUGACUAAGGGCCUGUUUAUAUGAGGCGGGCCAGCCCGCCUGACCGAGCUUGCUCACCUAGGCGAGAUCUGAGUAAACAAUAACAUCCUUUGUUCAAUCAAGUUGCGUUUAUAUGAGCAGCGGGCCAGCUCGGUCAGCCGGGAUCUGUGAGUUGGGCAGGCGGGAUCCCGGUAAGGCGAGCUCAUAUAAACAGUGCCAGGCGGGCUGGCCCGGUUGACCGAGAUGAAAAUGCAUGUUCUGCACAAGCGCGGGGUGACUGUGUUGUGUUGGGUCAAAAUUUUCUUUGUUUAUCAAAUUUUCUUUUCGCAAUUCGCAUCGAUCUCCGUUUCACUGUUUCAUCUGUUCAUCAUGUCAGCGUUCGCUUAUACCGAAGGUGAAGAAUCAAUGCCAAGUGGACUUCCAGAGAAAAAAAAAUAAUUUCGCUGGACAACGGAAAUGGU